AUGGGAAAGCCUGCAAGAUGGUUAAAGAGUGUAUUACUUGGAAAGAAACCAUCUAAAUCCAGUGGUUCUAAAGACAAGGAGAGAAAUGUGAAUGGAAGAGAGGUAGUGGUCAUUUCAAAGAUCGAAGAAUCCGAUGUGGUCACGGAUCUUCCAUCCUUUGGAAAUGAACCUGUUCACACCAGUGGUGUGGUAGAGACAAAGACUAUAGAACAUGAAGUGGUCUCAGACGACGAGAUACAGCUUCCUGAGGAGGUCCAACUCCAACCAACAGACUCUCAGGAUGCUGCUUUUGUUCCUGACGAAUCUCUAUCCGAAUCAGAGAAAACCCAGCAAGAGAUUGCAGCAACUACCUUGCAGUCUGCUUUUAGAGGCUACUUGGCUCGACGUGCUUUCUGGGCGUUAAAAGGUAUAAUAAGGCUACAAGCGCUUAUCCGCGGUCACAUGGUUAGGAGGCAAGCUGUUUCGACUCUCUGCUGUGUUAUGGGAAUUGUUAGAUUGCAAGCACUUGCUCGUGGGAAGGAGAUCAGACAUUCUGAUAUUGGAGUUGAAGUUCACAGGAAAUGCCGGUUAAAUCAUCAGCCAUUAGAGAAAAAACUCUCUAGCAAUUCUGUUGUUGAUGAUAAACAUACUUACCUUGGAAUCAAGAAGCUAACUGCAAAUGCUUUUGCUCAGAAGCUUCUUGCUUCAUCGCCAAACGUGAUGCCUUUGCACCUCGACUAUGGUUCCUCCAAUUCAAUCUGGUUAGAGAACUGGUCAGCUUCUUGCUUCUGGAAACCAGUUCCUCAACCGAAGAAACCAUCAGUGAGAAAGACUCAGAAGAAGUUUGCCAGUAACUCUCAGACAGUGGAGGCUGAGUCUGCUUCCAGACUGAAGAAGAGUGUUCGCAAAGCCCCUUCUUCAAAUCUUGACAGUCCCUCGGCUGCUGCACAGACAUCAUUUGAGUUUGAGAAACCAAAACGUAGCUUCCGCAAAGUUUCAACUAGCCACUCUGCAGAGCCACUACCGGCUAUGGAAAAUCCUCAAGUUGAUCUUGAGAAAGUGAAACGUGGCUUGAGGAAAGUACAUAACCCUGUAGUUGAGAACUCUAUCCAACCUCAACCUGUUCUUCCACAGAAGGAGAUCGAGAAGCCAAGUCCGGCUGUAGAAGAGUCUGUGAAUGCGUUUGAUGAAGAGAAGAAAGAUGAAAUGGCUGACACUGUUGUUGAACAGCCUGAGGAUUUGAUCCACACUCUUGGACCAUUGGAAACCACUGAAGCAGUUGAUUCCACAAUGGUCAACCAAAUCGAAGAAAGUGAAGAAAAUGUAAUGGCUGAGGAAAAGGAAGAUGUGAAAGAAGAGAGCACUCCCAAACAGAACAGCAAGAAAGAGAACUCAGCUGGGAAAGAGAAUCAGAAGUCAGGGAAGAAGAGUUCUUUGGUUACUGCUACUCAAACCGCAGAGUGUCAAGAGAGUAGUAAUGGGAAUCAGACUAGCAGCCCGGGAAUACCGAGCUAUAUGCAAGCGACUAAAUCCGCAAAAGCAAAGCUGAGGCUACAGGACUCUUCAUCCCCAAGGCAACAAGGAGCUGAGAAAGCCACUAGACGCUACUCGCUACCAUCUUCAGGUAAUAAUGCAAGAGUCACUUCUGAUUCUCCUAAAACCACAAGACUCUCAAACUCUGGUGGCAAAAGCACCGGGAAGAAGACCGAGAAAACUCUGCUUUCGUCGUCCCGGGAAGGAAAUGGGAAGACAACUCCGGUAGAGUGGAAGAGAUGA